AUGACUAUGUCUUAUAAAAAAGAAGACUUAAAAAUUUACUGGAAUAAAAUUAUCUAUGCAUACCCGAUUCUCAAUGAUACGAUUUUCACCGACUGUAAUACUGCAGAGUAUGAUGAAGUUCAGCAAAUUAUCGUUGCAUUGAACAUCCAGAUGAAGAUACGCGACCUUGUGCUAGUUCACAUUGAAAAGUACCUUCGCCAACACGUAGCACCAACCUUUUGGUCCAAAUUUAUGAAAGUGGAUGAGGAAGUUAAAGGUUUUCAGUUGUUCAAGUCAGCCGUGAAUGAUUUGCAUGAUUCGGUAUCAAGUUUCUCAGGAAUGCUGCAAAGGUUAACCAUAUUAAAUAAUAGUUGUAAUGAUAAUAAACCCAUAUAUGGAGAAAAAGAUGUUAUUUUAGGAUUUAAACAACUUGUGAGAGCUACUCUGUUGUCCCAGUUACCUUUAGAUUUCCAAGUGAUCAUUAACCAUUUCUAUAAAGUAUCCUUUAACGUAUUUGAUAAUGAAUACGAGAAUUCUGAUAUGGGUGAAGAUGUCCUGUGUUCAGGCUGUUUAAAUGAGUGUUCAGACUGCAACUGUAUGUAUAUUGUAAAGGUAUUUCAUGAUACAAAUAGGAAACUGAUGGAAUUGCAAUUACUCGAGAGACUCACUGGUCAAGUUUUAACAAACUUUAUUCAAAUGCGUAUCGAGUCUCAUAUUCAAAAACUCUGUACUGGUACAUUUGAUGUAUCACAUUUAGGGUUCUUAGAAAAUUGGCUAGAUACAACUGUCAUGUCAUGGCUUACUAGAAUCUAUUGUGGAGGAUCAUCAAAACCAUCACCUGAUGAUAAGAAUAUUCAAAGUGCAAUAUCUAAGUUUAAACAAAAACUGAGUUACUUUUUGUAUCACAGUUAUACUAAGUUGAGAAUUGACCAAUUGUUUAAUAUUAUUAUAGAAUACCCAGACUCCCAACCAGCUGUUGAUGACAUAAAGCUAUGUUUAGAAAAAACAGAUCUAAGAGGUACUCUUUGCAAAAAUCUACAAAAUGCUCUUGAAACAAGAUUAUUGCACCCUGGAGUGAAUACACCAGAUAUUUUAACUGCCUAUGUAACAACUAUUAGAGCUUUACGACAUCUUGAUCCCUCCGGAGUUAUACUUGAAACUGUCACAAAACCUGUUCGAAAUUAUUUGAGAAACCGAGAUGACACUGUUCGUAGCGUUGUUAGCAGUUUGACUGAAGAAGGAGCUGGGAGUGAGUUGGCUGAGGAACUAGUUAAGUUUGCAGCAGAAGCUGAUGGUGACUGUGACAAAGAUGAAUCUUGGGAUAGGUGGAACCCAGACCCUGUCGAUGCUGAUCCUACUGUGGAUUCUAGUGAUAGAAGGGCUAAUGAUAUAAUUUCAAUGCUUGUCAACGUUUAUGGCAGUAAAGAACUCUUUGUGAAUGAAUAUAGGACACUUUUAGCUGAUAGAUUGUUGGCGCAAAGUGCUUUAAACACAGAAAAGGAAAUUAGGUAUCUGGAACUAUUAAAGCUGAGAUUUGGAGAGUCACAGCUACACUUUUGUGAAGUAAUGCUCAAAGAUAUAUCUGAUUCCAAAAGAAUUAAUGCUCUUAUUCACCAAGAUAAAGAAAUAGAGACCUUAAACAAGAAGUUUACAUCAAAUGCAAUGAUCUUAUCUGCACAAUUCUGGCCUCCGUUUAAGGACGAGAGUUUAGAAUUACCGGAGGAAAUAAAACGCCACUUAGAAGCUUACACAAAAUCAUUUGAGGCAUUAAAAGGCAAUAGAACUUUGAGUUGGAAGCCACACCUUGGCAAUGUAAACAUUGAAAUUGAGAUAGGAGACAAGAAGUUAGAUUUAACAGUAUCACCAUUUAAUGCUACCCUAAUAAUGCACUUCCAAGAGAAAUCAGAGUGGACAAUAGAUGAGUUGCAUCAAGUCAUGAAGGUUCCAGUAACCAUAUUGAGGCGAAAAAUUACUUAUUGGCAGUCAAUGGGUCUCAUUGCAGAGAAAAGUACAGAUUACUAUGUGUUAGUGGAUGGAUCAGAGGCAAAUAAAGCAAAUGUUGCAACUAAUCAAGUUCAAGAAAUGAUCUGUGAGGAUGAUGAGACAGAAAGUGUGAUGGCAUCUGCUCAUGAUCAAAGAGAAGGUGAAUUACAGGUAUUCUGGUCUUAUAUUGUAGGCAUGCUCACCAAUUUAGAUUCUCUACCUUUGGACCGCAUCCAUCAAAUGUUAAAAAUGUUUGCAUCCCAGGCUCCAGGCACUGAAUGUAGUCUCCAAGAACUUAGACAGUUCUUAGAUACAAAAGUUAGAACUCAUCAGCUGGUGUUACAAGGCGGAAUGUACAAGUUGCCCAAAACAUAA